GGAAGAGGUGAACCAUAAGUGCAGCGUUUUUGAAUAUGUUCUUGUUAAUUCCUUCAUCACAUUUUGGACAACCACUGUCAAGGUGUUUAUAUUGAAAUCAUGUUCUUUCAUCACUUUAGGCAAUUGGAAGUCGUGUACAUUUGUUGUCAGAUACUUUCGAGUAUGGUUCCAGUAACAAAUACAUGUAUGCCGGCGCUGCAUGAUGGAAAACACCUAGUGGGAUCAACGUUUAAGAUUAUCGAGAAAUCAUCUCUGUUCUCCUGUGCCGCUGAAUGUGUUUCAUAUGGAAUAUGCAAGUCCUUCAAUUUUGGAUUUGGGCGGAGAGUGUGCCAUCUAAAUGUAUUUGAGGACCUCCAAUAUCUGGAAGAUAGAGGGAAAGAGGAUUUCAUUUACAGUUCAAUUAUGAGUUGGAACAAGACAGCACUUGGUCCUUGUCAUGACAUCCUGUGUGGCUACACGCAAAGAUGCAGUACUAAGAGAAAUGGCACCGUUCAGUGCGGGGAGGAAAUUCUGCAAAAUUUGGCUAAAGAUAAGCCAGCAAAUGCAAGUUCAGUGUGGCGACAUGACAUGUUCCAGCCCAGUGUUGCAGUAGACGGUGAUGUUACAGCGACAUGGUCAUCUGGAUCAUGUUUUGCUGUUGACAGUGGAGAUUUCUCACCCUGGUGGCAGGUUGACCUUCUGGACUCAUGCGUCGUUGUGGAAGUCCGUGUAACCAGUAGAGAAGACUGUUGUCCUGAACGACUUCACGACUUUGCUCUCGACGUGUAUCAAGACGACCCUCUUGUCUACCCUAGUGUCAGUCCACAACUGUGUUACAUGUACAAUGGAGCCGUCAGAGAGCGUGGCAAGACAAUUGCCAUACAGUGUACUUCACCCUUGACUGGCCGUUACCUGAGGCUUACUGGAAACAAAACGAUUAACAGUAAUGAUAUUCUGCAGUUUUGUGAAGUCCAGGUCUUUGGCUUCAAGCUGUUACAAUGAAUACGUCACUGUGGUUUGCCUGUUGAGAACCGUUCAUUCGUACCACCAGUGAUAUUCCGCCAAGAUGGAUAUAUGGGACUUAUGGGUCUAAAAUGCUUGAUACUGUGUUUGUGCAAUCAGAGUCAUUGGACGUGGUGUGUUCAAACUCGACAGAUGAAUUUGUUAGAAAGUAACUUUGCUGACUUUGAUUGACUGUACUUUGUAUUUCAUGUAAAUGGAGUGUAUGUGAAGCUUUAGUUGGACCAAAUGCGUGUUGUUGUCUCCUUGUACGAGGGUUGAUUGUUAAGUUCUGAGCCUCAUUUAGAAGACAAUCUCUAGCUACGGUCAUUACAUGAUGUCAAAAAGGUGUAUCCAGAAAUACUUGAGUCAACUGAGCAAACUGUUUCACUGUGACAUCGUAGCAGCUUUGAAGCUGUGAAGGACCUCUACGAAACGAGGAGAAAAUCCCUCCAACAUUGUUGACAAAAGCGUAUCAAUGUGGAAGGGAAUUAUUUUGAAAAAUAAUUGAUUUUAAUGUCUUUAGGUCAAGUGUUUCUGUGUGAGGAUCAGAACUUAUCAAUCAACCGUCGUAUGUGAUACAUUAUUGAGUUUGUUCAUCACAUAUGUUUGAAUUGACACGUAUGUCUCUUCAGUUCAGUGUGAAUCUAUAUCAUGAAUUAAUUAUAACCCCAAGGAGAUCCCGAGUUUUCAGUCCCGGUAACGUGAUGGGUCGUGUCAUCGUACCCAGAUUGGUGGAAUAUUGACGAUUGCGGCCAUUAACUACAAAAUAACAAGGAUUGUAUGCUGCUUUCACAAAUCAAUUUGAUUAGAUGCUACUGUAUUUUGACUGAUCACAUUGAUAGAAAUGUGACUCGAAAUACAUUUUACAAUUUGAGCAUCGAUCCACGCAAUUGGGAUCGAUAACAUGUGACAGGAAAUGGGUCGGAGUAAGCUAUGCAUGAAAUUAGAUUCUCGCCUAGCAUCACAUAGUUAUGCACAAUGCAGCCCCCUGUACAUUACUUUGAUAGUGACUUCAACUUUCAAAUAGUCUACUUUACCGUUAUGAAGAGCCUUUGAUGUCUACAUUUCAGAAUAUUACAGGUAGUACAUAUUUCACAACUGCCUGUAAGUUUGUACCAUUGUUACCACGCCCACCUUGUUUCAUAUAUAUCCACGCCAUGCUUCCCCUGUAACUGUAGUUCCUGAU